UGAUUAUCUUGAAUGUUUUAAAUAGCUAUAUUUGCAUAAGUGUGUUUCUCGAGGAAGUAGUAUUUUAUAACGCUAAUAAUCUAACUACGGUGUAAGCAGUCAUCUCGCUGACGUACACUGAAGAUCGUCAACCGCCAAAAUGGGUGAGAGGAAAGGAGUGAACAAGUACUACCCUCCAGACUUCGACCCAGCCAAGCACGGCUCUCUCAAUGGCUACCAGAACAGCCACCCUCUGCGUGAGAGGGCCAGGAAGCUCUCCCAGGGCAUCCUCAUCAUCCGGUUUGAGAUGCCCUACAAUAUCUGGUGUGAUGGCUGUAAGAACCACAUUGGCAUGGGAGUACGAUAUAAUGCAGAGAAGAAGAAAGUGGGGAAUUACUACACAACACCCAUUUAUAGGUUCAGGAUGAAGUGUCACCUCUGUGUGAACUACAUCGAGAUGCAGACGGACCCGGCCACCUGCGAUUACGUCAUCGUCAGCGGAGCCAGUCGCAAGGAGGAGCGCUGGGACAUGGCGGACAACGAGCAGAUUCUCACUACAGAGCACAGUGAGAAGGAGAAGCUGGCGACGGACCCCAUGUACAAGCUGGACCACGGGGGCCGGGACCAGGAGAAGCUGAGGGCCGCCCUGCCGUCCCUGGCCGAGCUCCAGGACAUGCAGUCCAGCUGGAGGAACGACUUCCAGCUCAACAGCGCCCUCCGCAGGAAGUUCAGGGACGAGAAGAAGGUCAUGGCAGAGGAGGAGGAGAAGGACAGCAUUGUGAGGAAGAGGACAGGGCUGUCCAUCCCUCUGCUGCCUGAGAGAGAGGAGGACAAGAGACUAGCAGCCCUGCUGACCUUCCAGAGUUCUGACUCGUACGAUGACCGGCAGCAGAGCAAGCGUAAGGAGAUCUCGUCGCGCUCCUGGUUCUGCCCCGCGGGGGGGCCGAGGGGUGCAGCCGGGGGCCUCCUGCAGAAGCUGUCCCAGUCGGGGGGGCGAGGCGCGGCCCCGAGACCGCCGGGCUCCGCGGCCCCCAGCCCCCUCAGCCUCAUCCGCAGGAGGGCCUCGGCGCCGGCCCCGCCCGCCCGCAGGAAGUCCGACCCUGGGGGGACCCGUUUCACCGUCGCACAGCCCCAGCAGGAACGGGAAGAGGCCGCAGGGUCGGAUGCCUCGACAUCGGAGAAUCUGGAUGGAGAUGAAGCCUCUGGAGCCUCAGGGGCUUCUGGGAUAGCGGAGGACCAUGAGAAGCAUUCUGGGAUAGUGGAGGACAGUGAGAAGCACUCUGGGAUAGAGGAGGACAGUGAGAAGCACUCUGGGAUAGCGGAGGACCAUGAGAAGCAUUCUGGGAUAGUGGAGGACCAUGAGAAGCAUUCUGGGAUAGUGGAGGACCAUGAGAAGCACUCCAGUCUCGUGAGGUCUCUCGUCGCAGACUACAGUGACUCAGACUGAGUCUGCCAGGACGACACUGGACUAAAACAGAGCGAUAUUUAAUUCUGCACAUUUGAUUAACUUUCAGAGUGUGACUGCACUAACACUGCAAAGCUGUGUACAGUGUAGUUCUUAACCGAAGGUUCUGUUGGAGUGGGGUCCCCACACCAGUGUGAGGGAGGUGGUCCAGAUCUGGGCUGUGUAUGGAUCUCUGAGAUGUACCAUUUAAUGCUUGUGCCAUUCAGAAGCUAUUGAAACGUGCUGUUUGGUGUAAUCUUUCACUGAUGGUUCUGUAACAAACAUUUUGUGUAAAAUAUUCGGAACGUGAACAAGACUUCACAAAACGACUUUCUGUGUGGUUUGAAAGAAGGGUGCGAUGGAUUGGUCUGAUUGGUCCGUGGACCGAGAUGUGGACUGUGGAUUGGACGAAUACACAGGCCUGCAGUUACCAUCAGGCUUCAGGAUUGGGCGGCCCGGGCGGCCUGUAGUGUCGUGGUGAAGGUACAUGACCCGCAACGUCGGUGGUUCUAAUCCCGGUCUCGCCACAAUACGAUCCACACAACCGUGGGGCCCUUGAACCAGAGCUUGCGUGUCCCAGUCAUUUACCUUAACCACUACGCUACAGGCCGCCCUCAUGAAGAAGUCAAUAUGCAACCUACUGUCAUGUUAACUCUCCUGUCGUGUUCAGAUGUUACCACCGGUUUCAUAUUUGAGGUCAAAUUGAGCCCAACAGUUUAAAUAAACGCAAAAAUAUUGUCAUGGAAAAAUCUUAA